AAUAAAUGAACCAGAAUGAAUAGUUCUUGGAAGAUGAACUAAAAUCAUUUGUGUUUAACAAGAAAAACUCAAGUUAAAAAAAGGAAAGAACUUAAUUAACAAAUCCUAAAAUAUAAACCUAGAUUUAGGUAACUUAAAGCUCAGUGAAAGUUGAAAAAAAGAAAAAGAAUAAUAAUACGAAAGAAUUAAAUACAAUUCAAGAGGGCAAUUUCAAAUAUAUCUGGAAUUUUCUGAAGAUGAAUUAAGAAUCUGAAAUUAUAGGGGUAUUAGAUAUUGCAAAAGCAGUUUAAAGUGUGAUGAAGAAACCAAUAGAAGAAGAGCUGAUAAUGGUACUUGAAUAUGUUAAUUGGUAGGAAAUGUUGAACAUUAAUAAUGAUAGUCUUUAUCAGGAUGAGGAUAAAAUAUUAAAUUAAGGGAUUGGGGAAGAAGAGUUGCGUUAGAUAUUUAUUGAAUGUAAAUUGAAGAUGUGA